CUAGGUGAAGGAAGCUCCAAGCCAACGCCAUCGCAAACAUCUCAACGACACAGCUCCUCUCCACCUCACCAAUUCUCACCUCGUCUUCUCUUGCCUUUCGGAUCACACUAUUUCACUUGGUUAGGGAAUUCAGACAUCAUGACGUCGAUAGGCACGGGUUACGAUCUGCUCAACUCCAUCUUCUCCCCUGAUGGACGCAACUUCCAGGUCGAAUACGCAGUCAAGGCAGUAGAGAAUGGCGGUACCUCGAUCGGUAUUCGAGCUAAGGACGGUGUUGUCCUAGCUAUCGAGAAGGUCGUUUCAUCCAAGCUCCUAAAACCCGGUGCCAACAAGCGCAUUGCAACUAUCGAUAGCCAUGUCGGAGCUGUAUCUUCUGGUAUGGUCCCUGAUGGACGCCACUUCGUCGAUCGCGCUCGCGACGAGGCCCAGAGCUGGCGACAGAACUUCAAGACCCCCAUCCCAACAUCCGAUCUUGCCAGCCGCAUGGGUGGCUACCUUCAGGCCUACACCAUGUACGGAUCAGUUCGACCAUUUGGCAUCACCGCCAUCGUGGGCGGCUACGACACUCCCGAAGAGACUCCCGUCGAUGGGGAGGUUGGCUCAGGACCCAAAGUUGGCGCUGGCGGCAAAGUUGAGGGCAAGCACGGCGGUCCUUUCCUCUACAUGAUCGAGCCCAGCGGUAUGUACUGGGGUUACUACGGAGCGGCUACAGGCAAGGGUCGACAGGCCGCCAAGGCCGAGCUGGAGAAGCUUGACCUGCCCGCUGGUAAUAUUACUCUGGAGGAGGCUGUGAAGCAGGCUGCGCGCAUAAUCUACAUUGCGCAGAAGGAUAACAAGGAUAAGGAUUUCGAGCUGGAGAUGACCUGGAUCAGUGGGCCUGACGGUCCUACCAAGGGACGACAUGUUGAGGUGCCAAAGGGGCUACGGGAAGAGGCUGAGCGAUUAGCAAAGGCCGAGGACGAGGAUGAUGAUGAUGAUGACGACGACGAAGAUGAAGAUGCAAAGGAUGACAAGAUGGAGGAUUAGGCGACUUGUGUCAGGAAAAAUCAAGGCAACUGUACUAUCACGAUGACGAGUUCAUAGAAUUUAAUGGUUCAUCUGCAGGCAUC